AGUUUGCAAAGUGAAUAAACAGGCAAAACUUUUAUUUUAAAUACUACUGAACGUUAGCUAAAUAGCUGUCGUGGUGUUCAAUAAUGGUGUAAAACAAUCAGCUUCCCACCGACCUCAGAGGCAGGCGACUACUGGUCUCAAACAAUUUCCAAGCCCUUCUUACCCCGAGACGAGAUCGAUGCCGGGAUCGUGUAGUAAAAAUAUAAAACGAAAAAUAUAUAAACAACAGAAAAGGGAAAAGAAACAAGUUAGGGUGGACUUCGGAUUUGCAAAUGCCUUGCUACUCCAUUUCAAAUACUGAAAGGGGUGUGUUGCGGAAGCUGCCCUCUACGUUCCCCACGGAAUAAAGCGCUUCUCAUAUCAACAGGAAUUCGUUAAGCUCCGGAGGUAAACGUUGGAAUAAAAAUACAAGUCAUUCUUCAGGUUCAUAAUUUUCCCAGUCUUAAGUAGAGGGAAACGUGAACACUAUUCAUAGAGUCCCAACUUUUACAAAUGUAUAAUGUCAAAUAUCACAUUGAAACAGGUGGAUUGUGUUGAUCUUUCUAUUAUACUGGUAGCGCACAAACACAACCAGUAGGAGGCGCACUUGUAUAACAAGCGUCUCUGGUGACUUUGUAUACGUGGUCAGUGACGCACACUACAGCAGGUCACUCUGUGUUGUGAAAUAACAGUAGAAAUAUUCAUCAUAAUUAAGCACUAUUUUCAAUAUCGCAUACGAGAAUGUCUGAAAAACAAUACCUGAACGUUGCCAAAAUGUUCCGACCUACUCAGAAGAGGUUUACCCGGCCCCACAGGCGGCUAGGUGUCCCCGUCUACUGGAGGACUGGCACCGCUGCGUGUGCUCCCAGUCCUCCAGACGGCUAGGUGUCCCCAUCUCGGCGGGGUGAAGCCCCGUGUGUGCGGGAGGGGCGCAAGGAGCGCGUCGCAGUCCCACCGUGAGGCGGAGCUGCGAAUGGGUUGGUGAGCGAGAAGCCAGUUUAACACCCCGAGCGUCGGCUACCAAAGCAGGAAACUCCCUGGCGAAUGUAGGCAGGAGUGUCGCUGGCGCAUGGCUCCGUUUUUGCCCUAUGAAUAACGGCGCAGUGGACGCUCCUUCCCCGGAUUGCUGGCGUCGUCUCGGACUUCCCGUCGCGGGCUGCAGAGGUCCUCUACCCGGCUGCGCCGAGCCGAGCGCCCCGUACACCACCCGGCCUGGCGCUGCAGGAACGCCGCGCUACGAGAGCCCGGCCUGCCGCUGCGCUCCGAGCCAAACAGCUAGCGUUUCGUUUACGGUUUUAUUAAUCGCAUAGCUGGCUUAGUGUUGUUUUAUCGCGAGGUUUUGGGGUCUUUUUGGAAGUCUUGGCUGGUUAAAUCUGGACAUUGUCGUUGAAUGCUGGUCGGUUAGCUGGAGCGGCGCGUCGUUGUUUCCCCAGCAAAAGCCCAGCUACAGGACGGCGGUCUCGGCACGGAGUGUCUGAAGUCGCUACAGGACGGCGUUCUCUGUAGCGAUUGUGUCUUCAGCGCAGGUGGAAAUAAAUUAGUUAAACACGAAUGAAUCCCCGAGGUCCGAGCGUUGGGUGAUGGCCCGGAGCGGUUGAUACAAAAGCCGAAACUGGCUCAGAUCUUCCCGCAGCCUGGCCGCGUUUGCUUCGCUCGCUGGCUACUCGAGCUGGUCCGCCGGUGUAGCAGCACACCGCGGGUUUGACUUAUUUUAACGGCCUGUUAGGAGAUGUGAGCUCUAGCUGUCCUUGCGGUACCAACACAUCUGUCCGAACUAAAAUAGUUUGUAGUGAUUUCUGGCUCUGCAUGCAAUGAGCACACUGCCUCGCCCCUGCUGAAGUGUCUGCGCUACACGCCCCGGGAGCCCUGUCCCGGACGGGGAGGAUCACGCCUACGGACCCGAACCUCCUCCCGCCAGCAUCUCCAAUGCGGAGGGUCUGAUCUUGGGCGGACAUGCUGAAGUGUAUCCCUCUGUGGCGCUGCAACCGCCACGUCGAGUCUCUGGACAAGCGGCACUGCUCCCUGCACAGCGUGCCGGACGAGAUCUACCGCUACAGCCGCAGCCUGGAGGAGCUGCUGCUGGACGCCAACCAGCUCCGAGAGCUGCCCAAGCCUUUCUUCCGGCUCUCCAACCUACGGAAGCUGGGUCUUAGCGACAAUGAGAUUCAGAGACUGCCCCCCGAGGUGGCCAACUUCAUGCAGCUUGUGGAGCUGGACAUCUCCAGAAAUGAUAUUCCCGAGAUCCCUGAGAGCAUUAAGUUCUGUAAGGCGCUGGAGAUAGCAGACUUCAGUGGCAACCCCCUCUCCAGAUUGCCUGAUUGUUUUACACAGCUCAGAGCACUAGCUCACCUUGCACUCAACGAUGUGUCACUACAGUCUCUACCAAAUGACAUAGGAAACUUGGCUAACCUGGUAACUCUGGAGCUGCGGGAGAAUCUACUGAAGUCUUUACCCAACUCUUUGUCUUUCCUGGUGAAACUGGAACAGCUAGAUCUAGGCAGCAAUCAACUGGAAGUAUUGCCGGACACGCUCGGGGCUCUGCCCAACCUCCGGGAGCUGUGGCUGGACAGGAACCAACUCUCCUCGCUACCUCCAGAGCUGGGCAAUUUGCGGCGGCUGGUGUGCCUGGACGUGUCGGAGAACCGGCUCGCCGAGCUGCCCUCGGAGAUCAGCGGCCUCGUUGCCCUCACCGACCUGCUGCUCUCUCAGAACCUUCUGGAAACCGUGCCCAACAGCAUCGGUUCCCUGAAGCAGUUAUCCAUUUUUAAAGUGGACCAAAACCGCUUGGUGCAUCUAACUGACUCCAUCGGUGAAUGCGAAAACCUGACGGAGCUGAUGCUCACAGAGAACCUGCUCCAGUCUCUCCCGCGCUCCCUGGGCAGACUGAAGAAACUCACAAACCUGAAUGUGGACCGCAACCGCGUGAGCAGCGUGCCGGCCGAGCUGGGCGGCUGCGCCGGCCUCAACGUUCUCUCGCUGCGGGACAACCGCGUAGGCAGGCUCCCCGCCGAACUCGCCCGGGCCACCGAGCUGCAUGUGUUGGACGUGGCUGGCAACAGGCUGCAGAAUUUGCCCUUCUCCCUGGCCAAUCUGAACCUGAAGGCCAUGUGGCUGGCGGAGAACCAGUCCCAGCCCAUGCUCAAGUUCCAGACGGAGGACGACGAGCGCACAGGAGAGAAGGUCCUCACCUGCUACCUACUGCCUCAGCAGCCCACGCCCAGCCUGGAGAACCUGCUCCAGAGUAGCGUGGAUGACAGCUGGCCAACGGACACUAAUCUGAACAGAGUGUCAGUCAUCCAGUUCCAGGAGGAGACCAAGCCGGAAGACGAGGAUGAGGAGGCUGCUGCCGAGAGGAGGCAGGGCCUCCAGCGACGGGCCACACCUCACCCCAGCGAGCUCAAAGUGAUGAAGAACGUGAUCGAGGCGAGGAGGAACGAGCCGUACACAGCCAGGCCAGACGACGACCUGGAGUCCCCCGACGGCGAGGAGAAGCGGUUGAGCGCCAUGUCCAAUCACAGCCACGAUUCCCAGGCCUCCGACAGCACAGCCUCGGCUAAUUCCAACGAGGAGAGGCGAGGGUUAAACGCUGGCGGGGAGGAUCUUAACAAACAGGAACCACCACAGGAAGAGGAGGAGCUCGAUGAAAUGGAGGUGGAAUAUAUCGAGCCCACUGUGCACUUCGCGGAGGAGCCCAUCAUCCAAGGUGACGAAGAGGAUGAGGAGGGCGAGAAUGGUGACGAAGACGAGGGCUCCGCCCUGCCCCCGCCCGCUGCCGAGAAGCAGCGUCUUAUCCGCAAGGACACGCCACACUACAAGAAACACUUCAAGAUCACCAAACUGCCCAAGCCCGAGACGGUGGCUGCACUGCUUCAGGGCUUCAACGCCGAGGGCCUGUCCCCGACCGCGCGCACGCCCGAGGAAGACGAGGAGGAGGAGGAGGAGGCCGCGUCGGACAGCACCCCCUUGCUGCAGAGGGAGGACGUGGCUCAGAUGAACAGCUCCGCGCUGCAGCCAGUGAAGGAAACAACUCCAUCUCCUCCGCCAGAUUUUUCCCAAGUGCCGUGCAUGAAUGGGGUGUCAUUUGAUCAAGUCAAUAAUCUGCUGAUUGAACCUGCUCGCAUUAAGGAGGAAGAGCUUGUUCUGACUAUCCUGCGUCAAACCGGAGGACUAGGGAUCAGCAUAGCCGGGGGUAAAGGAUCCACUCCAUACAAGGGAGAUGAUGAGGGUAUCUUUAUCUCCAGAGUGUCUGAGGAGGGCCCAGCGGCACGUGCUGGGGUCAAAGUGGGAGACAAACUGCUUGAGGUGAACGGCGUGGGCCUGCAGGGCGCCGAGCACCACGCGGCCGUCGAGGCCCUGCGGAGCUCGGGGGCGGCUGUGACCAUGGUGGUGCUGCGCGAACGCAUGGUGGAGCCGGAGAACCCCAUCACUACUACACCCCUCCGGCCCGAGGACGACUACUUCCCCCGGGAGAGAAGGUCCGGCGGCUUGCCCUUCCUCCUGGAGUCCGGCGAGGGCGCGGUGACUGGCGGACCCUGCCAGCGCCUGGCCACCUGCCUGGCGCGCAACGACAAGGGUCUUGGCUUUAGCAUCGCCGGGGGUAAAGGCUCCACGUCCUACCGGACGGGAGACAUGGGAAUUUACAUCUCUCGGAUUGCAGAGGGUGGAGCAGCUCACAGAGACAACACCCUCCACGUGGGAGACAGGGUCAUAUCAAUCAAUGGCGUAGACAUGACAGAAGCCAGGCAUGACCAGGCAGUAGCGCUGCUUACCAGCACCUGCCCCACCAUCACCCUGCUGGUGGAGCGGGAGCAGUCCGGCCCUGGCGGCUCCUCGCCACGCACGCGGGCCCAUUCGCCCCCUCCCCCGGAGCCCUCAGACUCCCCCGAGCAAGAGGAGGCCGGAGACGAGCGCACGGCCAACCACCUCGGCUGCCCCAUGGAGGACGAGUACCCCAUAGAGGAAGUGACACUGGUGAAAACAGGGGGUCCCCUGGGCCUGAGCAUUGUGGGGGGCAGCGACCACGCCAGCCACCCCUUUGGCAUCAACGAGCCGGGAGUGUUCAUCUCAAAGGUCGUCCUCCACGGCUUGGCGAGUCAGAGCGGACUCCGCGUGGGCGAUCGCAUCCUGGAGGUGAACGGCAUCGACCUGCGUCACGCCACGCACCAGGAGGCCGUCAAAGCCCUGCUCUCCAACAAGCAGGAGAUCUGCAUGCUCGUGCGCAGAGACCCCUCACCACCCGGCAUGCAGGAAAUCGUCAUCCACAAGCAGCCAGGGGAGAAGCUAGGCAUUAGUAUCAGGGGAGGAGCCAGAGGACAUGCCGGCAACCCCUUGGACCCUACAGACGAGGGCAUCUUUAUCUCAAAGGUGAGUUCGAACGGCGCAGCGGCGCGGGACGGCCGCCUGAAGGUAGGCAUGCGGAUCCUGGAGGUGGGGAACCACAGCCUCCUGGGCAUGACUCACACGGAGGCUGUCCGAGCCCUGCGUGCCACUGGAGACACUCUACUAAUGCUGGUGUGCGAUGGCUUCGACCCCGGGAACGUGGCAGGCGUGGAGGCGUCCCCGGGCGUGAUCGUCAACCCGUUCGCGGCGGGCAUCGUGCGGAAGAACAGCAUGGAGAGCAUCUCCUCAAUAGACAGGGACCUGAGCCCAGAGGAGAUGGACGUCAUGCAGAAGGAGGUCGAGAUGGCGAGGGAGACGUCUCAGUGGGAGCGGGAAGAGAUGGAGAAAGUGGAGCGUAUGCGCGUGGAGCGCGAGGAGGCUACGCGUCUGUUGGAGGAGGAGACUGAGACUUUGAGCACUGGGCCUCUGAAACUGGACUACAAGACCCUGGCAGCCCUUCCCACAAGCAGCUUGCAGAAAGUCACUCGGCUCUCUCCUUCCUCGGCCGAUUCCUGUCUCAUGGAGGCUGCUCUUCAAGCCACGCAGGCCGGCUCUGUAGACGUCCUGUGCUUUGAGACCGCUCACGCUACGCUGUACCCUGUAGAUGCCCCUGCCUUCGCCCAAGCCCCACUGCCUUGCCCGGUCUCAAGCCCGGCAGGGCCCAAACUGCCCCCAGCUGCCGUGCGGGAUCCUGUUCCGGAACCCGCGGUUGCGCGGGGAGCGCCGGACGAGGAGGAGUGUCUCGUGGACUCUCAGCCAAUCUGUUUCAGUGAAAACCCUUUCCUGGUAGCCAAUCGUAAAAGCAAGGGCCGCCCUCCCGAAGAGCACAUCCUGUCAGGCCCGCCCACAGGCUACGGCAGGCACGGCCAGCUUCAGCCCUGGCUGUACAACAAGGCUCCCUCCGCCGACGCCCAAAGGAUCGACAGCCCCGUGCGAGACGCCCUUUACUCGCCCGGUUCUCAACCUCUCUCCACCUCUCCGGCACAGGGCAGGGAGACACGAUUUGCGAGCAUACAUUUCACCUCCCACUCGCCUGCCAAGGACCAUUCAGCCACCAAGCCUGGUGCCAUCCAGCCCGUUUCCCGCGUGCGGUCUGCAGCUUCGCCUCCCAGCCGGGAUGGCCACAGCAGUCCUAACCCGUUCCAGCACGGCCCGCCGGCCUUCAACACCCAGACCGCCCCUCGCGAGCCCUCCCCCGACACCUUCGACGAGUUCCCCGUCACUUUCAAGCGGGCGUAUAAAGCCUUUGCCGCUGUGCCGCACUCCGUGGCCGAGCCGGAGCCGCCGCAGGAUGCGUUUGGCCAGAGGAACAACAUGCAUCCAGCGCAGCUCUCGGCAGAGACGCCCACGUCGUGCGGCAGAGGCAGUCCCGAGCAGCGCUCGUUUCGUGACCGGCAGAAGUACUUUGAGAUUGACGUGAAGCAGCAAACGCCAGACAACAAGCCCAGGCCUCGCGUCUCGCUCGUGGGAGAGGAUGACCUGAAGAAAAUGAAGGAGGAAGCAAAGCGAACUGAGCAAAAAGCACAGGAGUAUUUGCUGGAUGAGGAUGAGGAGGAUGAGGAGGAAGAUUUAGCUAAGCAGGUGGCAGCAUUAAAAGCCCAUGGCAAGGUGCUCCUGGACGGCGUGGAGUACAGCGUGGAGUCGAUCGGCAGCCGCUCUUCUACUCCGCCCAGGCAGUGUGCCACGCCUCCCGGCUACUGUGCCACGCCUCCCGGCUACUGUGCCACGCCUCCCGGCUACUGUGGCAGCUCAGGGACUUCCUCUGUGGAUGGCAAAGGUGAUUCGCAGCGAAAUUCCAUGGAGGACAGCUAUAGACUCGAGCAGAGACCCAACUCUAUGACUGGACUGGUCCCCGUGUACCCCGGCGAGUCAGCCGCCCCCAUCCGGACAGCAAAGGCCGAGCGCAGGCACCAGGAGCGGUUGCGCAUGCAGAGCCCCGAGCUCGCUGUGGCUUCCGACAAGGAGCUGUCGCCUGCCGAGAAGCGGGCGCUGGAGGCAGAGAAGAGAGCCAUGUGGAGGGCGGCCAGGCCUUAUGGUCUAGAGGAAGAAGUUAGGCAAUAUGAACAAGACCUGGCAAAGAGGCUGUACCAGUCCCGUGUGAGGGCGUCGCUAGGCAACGCUGCAGCCCCUCCCACUACCUGCUCCUCUUCCUCUCAGCCCAGGAUGAAGUCUCUGGAGCAGGAUGCUCUCAAGGCUCAGAUGGUCAUUGCUAAGUCCAAGGAGGGGCGAAAGAGGGGCACCCUGGACCAGUUGACAGAGUCACCCUCCCCUGCUCCAACGCCCUCGCCCACCCCUAUGGAAGAUGUCAGUCCUCGGGCUGUGACCUCUCCGGGUCGACUGUCCCUGUCAGAAAAGAAGUUUGACUACCGACAAUUCGCUGCCAUUCCUUCUUCCAAACCCGUAUACGACAUUCAGUCUUCUGAUGCCGCAGAUGAUGUUCACUUCAUUGAUGAUGCCUCCACUAACCCACUUUCCUCUGUAGAUGCCAAGGUGCCGAUAGCUCCUGUCGCAGCCAAAUCUGCUCUAGAGGAGAUGGCUCUGUACAGCAACAAGCGCAAACUCCGGCAGGGCCGGCGAAGCCUGGAGACACCGGUUCCUACAUAACCGAACCACACGCACAGGGAUACACACACAUCCAUAAACCAGACAGAUUACGAUAGCACGCAUUAACUAGAUAUGUUAAGAGGUCUGAACUAAAAUGACACACGUUCACAGGAAUGUGUAAAAGACACAGACACACAGGUUCAACCACUCUGGAUUCAGUGCUCACCUUCAGCACAGCAGGUUUUUAAGGAAACACUACAGCUUCUCAUGUCGUGCACACCAGCUUUGCCUUUGCAGUUGACAGUCGGUAUAGACGCGCGCGGCUCCACCUCUCUGUUAGAUGCCGGGGAUGACAGACCUCAUACCAAACUCCAAACCGGCUUUAAUUCCUCUCCUUUUCUUCAGUUUGCGUUUUAGAAGCUGAAUUAUUUUUAGCAGAUUCUGGGUUCUUUUUAACAAUUCAAAUUCCGAUUUCAAUGCAAAAAUAAAUCGAUUUACACAAUAAAAUUGUAAAUGUAAUAAAUUUCACUAGCAAGCCGCCCAGAAAAUCAGCCAUUUUAACAGACUAGUCUGCUACCUUCACUGCCUAAUAUAGGCUGUUUUGGCCAUACUUUUAUGAUUUUAAAAACCCAUUUUAAACACCUUGUACCUAAUUUAUUACUGUAAUGUAUCUUAGCAUUCUUGCAUGGGCAUCCUUCUAUUUGAGGCUCUUACUUUUCUUUUCUUUUUUUUUUACAAGAUUGUAAACUUAUCGAAAUUGUGGGUAAGAAUACACAUCAGUUAAAAUUCAUUUUUUAUUCACUUUAUAUCCAUUACAAAAAUUGUCAUCCACUGUUUUGGAUCCAUAAAACGAUGCAAAUGAAAUGUUUUUUGUUAUUGUUUUCUCGGUCCCAUCUCAUGUGACCUUCAUGUGACUUUACUGCUUUAAACACUGUCAUUCUACAUAUCACUUUUAUGUGGCACAUAAACAAGCUGUCCGGUUUCAUUUUUGAUUGUCAGCUUAAACCAAACCUAGUGGCUUUCUAGUCUUCCUGGACCAGGACUAGGAGAAUAAAGGCUAAAGAAGGCACCAGUGUCAACAUGGAAAUAAACUUUCAGGUUGCAAUGGUGACUUCCUCAAGAAUAUCUGAAUGAACUCAACUUUUCAGUUUUUCUACUCGUUGCAUCAUAGUGCAUGUUAUUUGCUGGAACAUUCCCAAUGGCCAGACUGUCAGGCUGACUUGGGUAAUAUGCAGUAAAUAUCCUUUAUCCAGCUGGGCAAAUAUUCUCAAACUUUAGUGUUUUGAAGAGAAGAUCCACGUCCUUCUUAUCACCUCCAUCAACCCAUGGUACAUUUCUUUCUACUUAUGAUGUGGUUGAGGGAAGAACGAUGCAUUCCCUUAAUCGCUGUUUCCAUAUGAAAUCCCGUUCAGCUCUUUCCUCUGGGCCAGAUACUCCAGAGAGGCAUGUGAAGGUAGUAGAUAAUAUGAUUUUCCAAUCUAACAUUUGGUUAAUUUAAAUCUGAUGCCACUGAAAUUAUUAUUAUUGUGUGAAUAAUGUACAAAAAGCAAAAACCCAAGUUGAAACUGAGCCAGUCUGCGCUAAGACUGAUCCCGAUGAGGUCCAGACUGGGUGCUCUUUGCAUGUAUAUUGGCUUACUGCAAAUUUUCUUUCAAUCCUGGGUGAGGAAAGAGAAUUUUCAUCCCUCUCAAGAACGUUUGAUAUACAAACCAGUAAUUCUGUUACUUCAGUUGCCAUUUACACUGUGGUCAUAUGACUACCAUGUCAAAAAAAUGUUCAUUUAACUUUACUAAUCUUAGCUCUUCAUGUUGCUUUUGCUAACUGAAAUUCAGUUUUGCAUAACACUUUGGGAAUGGCUGACCUUUUAUCGUAUUUUUUAAAGACAGGUAGAAAUCACAUUUUCAUGUCAUUAGUGGGAUUCACUACAUUCUUGCAGCAGAACAGUUUUGAUCACUCCCUGUUCUUUUGAUUUCUUUGGGGGCUUCUUUGCUAAAUGGGGAGGGAGGGUCCGACACCUGGGGGUAGAUCAUUCAGGACUGUAACUAGUGAAUUUGUACAACCAAAGAAGUCUAUUUUGUGGUUCAGGAAUAAUAAAGUUUACUUUUCAUUUAA